AUGGUUCAAGCACUCGCCAAGAACAUCACAUUAUGUGCGCGAACGCCGCGCGCCGUCGUGCGCAUCGCGCCUCGCGCGCCUCGCGCGGCCGCGACCGCGCAACGCUUCGCGGCGCCCGGGGUUAUUAAUUGCGCUUCCUCCGUCUCGUCGUCACGCGCUUUAUUCGCCGCCGUCGCGUCGCGUCGCGUCUUCACCGCGCCGCCGUUCACGCGCGACCUCUCCGCGGCCGCGGGCGGCGUCGGCGUCUUCAACGACGACUACGAAGACGACGGCCUCGGCGUCGACGACGGCAUCCACGAGGAAGGGAACGACGACGAGGAAGACGUCGACGUCGCCGCCGCGCGCGCGGAGAUCGCGGCCGACGAGGCGGCCGAAUCGUCGUCGUCGUCGAAGUUCGCCGCGUCGGCGUCGGCGCCGGGCGCGUCCUUCGACGACGACGCGACGAUCGCCGCGGAGAAGAGCGAGGACAAGGCUGACUUCUCCGUCACGGACGACGACGCCGUCGUCCUCGGCGGCCCCGUCUGCGACGCGUUCUCGAACCUCGUCUUGGAGCUCCGCGCGGGCGGCCACGGCGAAAAGGGCGGCGCGGGCUCGAGCUCCGACGAGGCGUCCGUCUCGCAAGUCUCCUCCUGGUCCAACCCGACGCCGUGGAGCACGUUCUCCGGGAUGCGUCAGUACGAGGUCAAAGCGUGCCUCGGCGACGUCAGACGCACGCUGAAGGCGUACGCCGCGCACGCGGCGCCGCCCGGGGCGCUCUCGGAGCGUCUCAUGGGCGCCGUCGGCGCGGCGUGGCUCGAAACCGCCGCGGCGCACGCGGACGGGCCGCGGGGGAAGCAGACCGCGUUCGUGUGGGGCGGCGGCGAGAAGUUCGCGCACCUGUUGAACGACGUGUGCGUGCAUCACGUGUUGUUCCGCGAUGAUCCCUCCGCGGCGGGGAACCGCCUCGUCGCGGAUGUUUUAAUGGUUCUGCAAGACCUCGCCACCGCGCGCGUGCCGCUGAGCGACGACGCGGAGAUCGUCGCGAUGGCCGCGUGCGAGGCGCUGCUCAUGGACGUGAACAAGAGAGAUGAGGUCGGCGACGCGUGCGUGCGGUUGAACACCGCGGCGCCGCCGCCGUCGGAGAACGCGAUGGACCACAAGUCGCGAGGCGCGAUUCGUAUGGGCGGAAGAACAGGAUACACCGCGACGGAUGCGAAACCGUCGCGAGGGAAAGAAGCGUGGAGGGACAACCGCGCGGACGACCGCGACCGCGACCGCGGCGGCGGGUUCUACGACCGCGCGCCGCGCGAGCGCAGGGAUUCGUUCCAGCAAGAUCGGAAGGCUGGGGACUGGGACUGCCCCGAGUGCGGGUUCAUGAACUUCGCGAGCAGGUACGAGUGCAAGCAGUGCGGCACCGCCGGCGGCGGCGGCGGCGGCGGCGGCAGGGAACGGUCGUUCGAGCGCCGCGGACCGGUCGAUCCGUACGACAGAUACGGGCGCGAGAACCGCGACGGGAGGGAAAUGCGACCGGGGGAUUGGAACUGCCCGGAGUGUAACUUCAGCAACUUCGCGUCGAGGACGGAGUGCAAGAGGUGCAGCACCCCCGGCGGCGGCGGCGGCGGCGGCGGUUGGAACGACGGCGGCGGCGGCGACCGCGGCGGCGGGGGUUUCCGCGGUGGCGGCGACAACUACUUCGAUAGCCGGCGCGGUGGCGGGGGGGGGUACCGUGGCAGCGGGGGUGGUGAACGUUCCUCGUACGGCGGUCGCGGUCGCGGAGGCGGCGGGGGUGGUGAACGUUCCUCGUACGGCGGUCGCGGUCGCGGAGGCGGCAGGGGCGGUUCCUCCUACGGACGUGAUCGAGGCGAUUCGUACUCGUCAGACCGCGGCGGCGGCGGCAGAGACGCCGGCGGGUGGGACGCUCCCGUGGACGACUUCGGCGGGUAUUAA